AUGAAGGUCGUUAAUAAGGAUGAUAUCUGCAACGAGGCCAUCGAGCAGACAGACGAUGAGGGAGAGCAGCAGCCAGCUGAGCAUGGCGCUGUCAUCAUGUAUCGUCCAGUAGUGUUGGAUGAAAUUGCCUCUGUUCAGGUUAAUACUUCGUACACAGCUCACACAGUGGACUGGCGAGGAGGGGUCUCUCUGAGUGGUGUUGCAAAACUUUCACUCGACGACAACGAUAAGAAGAGCGAUGUCAAGGUCAAGUUGGACUGUGCUGGAGCGUACUCGGCAGAUUGCAUCAAGGCCAAGUCUCCGGAGUCAUCCUCACCAAUUAAAGCCAAGGGCCCGUUCGUCUUGAAAGGAAAUCUGGCUCUUGCAGAUGAUCCUUUUGCAUCUCCCCCACGAAAUUCGAGCUCUGAAAACGGGGCAGCACAAACUUCGACUGCAACUCAUAAGCGAAGUUCCGAAAAUCGUGGCUCUGACUCCUCAAAUUGGAGACGUUCAGGCAGCUCUCUUGAUAACCAGGACUCUCAUUCGGAAGAGAAGUCUGAUCACGUCAUCAAGAAAGUUCAUAACGAAGCAGGUGACAAAGCAUUAUUCGACGACAAGUUUUUGCCCGAAGGCGCAAACGAUGAAGUUGCUAGUGCUACGUUGGUCAAAGAUGAAAAUUCACAAUCCAUCUUCCCGCCAUCUUGCUGUGUCUUUGUCGCAAACCUUCUUCAAUCCGAAUCCGAGGAAUCACUACAGGUUGCUGUCACGCAGAUCUUCCGCGAAUAUGGAUCAGUUUACGUCAAGAUUCGCCGCGAUGGGAAGCAAAUGCCAUUCGCAUUUUGCCAAUACACGACUCCUGAACAUGCCGAGCGAGCAAUUCGUGAGGGCAGAGGAAGACUCAUUAAGGGUCGUCCCUGCCGUUGCGAAAAGGCCAAAGCACAUAGGUUGUUCUUCGUUGAACGUAAGUAUGGUGCAGUGGUCACCCCACAAGAGGUUCUUUCGCUCUUCGAAACCUUUGGCACAAUUACGCAAUGCUAUACCGCAACUCCUGUCGAGCGGACCUCCUUGAACCUCAACGAAGGUGUCAUUCUUGAGUUUGAGCUUUACGAUGUUGGCCAAGCUGCAUUUGCUGCAUUCCGCAACCAUGAUGUCUACAAGAUCCAGGCUGUCGCUGGCAUGGCAUCAACACCUCCACGCCCAACUCGCCAUGUAAGCACUUCAUCUGCUGAUCGUGAUUAUCUUGAUCGCUAUGAGGUUGACCGCCGUUCCAUCUUCGUUGGUAAUCUUCCAAUGUCGACCACUGAGGCGCAGAUUGCUCAACUCUUUGAACAUUACGGUACCAUCAACAACAUCGUCGUUCGAGAGGCUACCUCGAAAUAUGAUGGCGCUGAAAAGUUCUGCUUUGCGUUUGUCGAAUUCAAUUCCGCAGUUGCUGUUACGCGUGCCAUUCCAGCAAAGAACGGGUUUUCUUUUGGGGGCAAGGUUCUUCGUGUGUCUCAAAAGGACCCGGAUGCCGCGACAAAGAAGCGAUCAGCUCACAGCCGUGGUCUUUCUAUCUCGGCAUACGGUUCGUCUCCUCAAUCACCACAUGAGCAUCGUCGAGGUUCAGAAAGUAUUAGCCAAAUGUCACCAGCAGCUUUCCAAGCCCAGAAUGUUAUGCCACCGUCCAAUCAACAAUAUGGCGCACCUCCAUUCAGUCCUAUGUCAUUUGCAAGCCCAGGAUCAACACUAUAUCAUGAUGGAAAUGGCCAGUAUUUUGCUGCAACCACUUCUUACAACCAGCCUCAGUAUGCCUAUUAUGGUUAUCCGGCUGUUCCCUCUACACCGACCAGUCCAACUUACACUACAGCUCCCCCACCGUCUGUAGCUUCGGGCUCUCCAAUGGCGUAUCCUUCUGGAUACUCUUACUACAAUGGCCAAUAUGUCGUCAAUCCAUACUCACCAAUGGGUAUGCCCGCGCCUUCCUAUGGAGGUUAUCAUCAACCACAACAAGUUGCAUCUUUCAAUGACACUGGCGCCACUUCCAACGGUGAAACUGUUCACGAGGACCGCUCUGCAACACCCACUCCAGCUGGCCAUGGUAGCGCUACUACUGAGCCUACUCUUGAGUCCCAAUAA